AUGACAACAGUGCCGAAGAAGACCGUCUUGAUCACGGGCUGCAGCACGGGUGGCAUCGGCUGGGCCUUAGCCAAGAACUUUCACCAGCGAGGGUUCUACGUCUUUGCCACGGCACGUAAUCCCUCUAAGGCCGCCGACCUGGCCGAGCUAAGCGACAUCGAGAUCCUCGAGCUGGACGUGACUGAUCCAAAGACUAUCGUGGAGUGUAAGGAGAGAGUCGUGAAACGCACGAAUGGGAAGCUUGAUGUUCUAGUCAAUAACGCUGGCGUCGAAUUCAACAGCCCGCUACUAGACACCGACGUCGACGAAGCGAAGAGGCUAUUCGACGUCAACGUAUGGGGCCCUCUUGCUAUGGUCCAGGCGUUUGCUCCCUUGCUUAUCGAGGCCAAGGGGACUGUCUUCAAUCAGAGCUCUAUUGACGGGGCGCUAAAUAUGGUAUGGGCUGGUAUUUUCGCCAGUUCAAAGUCCGCCAUGGCGCGCAUGUCUGAAAUCCUGCGUUUUGAGCUCGAACCACUGGGCGUGCGCGUCGUGACGUCCAUAUGCGGCUCUGCCGAUACGCCUAUGUUCGCGAAGCCCGGUGGUCCGAUGAACCUGCCAGAGAUGUCGCACUACCACGGCGUCCAGGACGCGGCAUGGAAGGAGCGGAUGGACCAUCAGCGCCAGGCCACGCAAGUUGAUGUGCUCGCCGGAAAGCUGGUCAAGGACAUCCUCGGCGGGAAUAGGGGCGUUAUUUGGCACGGGGCGUUGAUUAACUCGGCACGAGGCUUGAGUCAGGUCAAACUCAAACAGUCCUAA